GCCUUGCAAACAGAUGCUGAGGCUGAAAUCCGAGCGCAGCAUACAUGAAGCUCUGCAGGCAAUCCACUUUUGGCGAGCAACGCGCCUGAUCCACCCCCGGACUGCAUAAGUCCCCCUCUCCCCGUCUAGCUAGUUCGCCGUUUGUAAUAUGCCCACAGUGAGAUCACUGCAAAAAGAAUGAAAAGCGUAAUCCCCUUUUACUUAGAAGUAAGUCCCACUAAGUACGACGAGGCAUACACCCUCGCAGGUCAACGGAAGCAGGACGACGGCCACGGUGAGCUUAUACAUGAACAGUAUCCAAGUUUGGGCUCGGCUGAAUCCUGUCCCCAACUCCAUUUUUGAACUGGCGCUGCUGACUGCCGCGACCAACAGCACAGAGGUGGUGGUGAGUUCUUCGACGUAGCUGACUUUUCCGCUGGAUCCAUCGGGGGCAGAAACUGGAAGCAGGCCCUUUGCAGCCGCUGGCGUAGUAGCCACCUGGCCCUGGACGGAGACGGCAGCGGCAACCGAGGCAACGGCGACAGGGGCAGAAUCCUGGCCGCGUGACAUCAAAAAGCCUCCCGGUGACGUCGCGCCCGCUGUCGUGCGCAGUUGUCUCUUGGUUGGGCUGGCAGGAUGCUAGACGUGCUCAGUGUCGGGCCCAGGGGGAAGCCAGCAGCCAGCACCCCCCGGCUGCUGCCGUAUUACCAGCUACAUGCGGGGCUAGACCGGGUGUUGAAACCAUGGGGAAGAAUAAAGGAGGCUGGAGAAAAUUUUUCUGCUGUGCUGGCCCACCAGAAACACAGUCUUCAACUUGCGUUAAUAUCAACGAGUCUGAUCACUUCAAGGUGCCCUCCGAGCCAGAGCCCUCCGAGCCAGAGCCAGAACAGGACCAAGAAGAAGGCUUGUAUGCUGAGGCUGAGGUGCAAACUUCUAAAGUGGAAAUCCCAGAUGGAAAUAGGUGGAGGUGGUCACGAUUACACAGAGAGGUUGAGCAGCAAACCUCAUUCUCAUCUGUAUCCGUUCCAGAGAUAGAGUCAUCGUCUGAGGCAGAUGUUCAGAUCCAAACUUCAUUUUCGAGCAUACCAAGAGAAGUUGAGGCCCAGGCGCAAACGUCAUUUCUUUCCCUGCGGUGUCCAACCCCAAUUGAAAGUGAUGUCCAGGUGCAAACCUCAUUCCUUUCAAUAGCUGGAGAAAAGGAGGCCCAGGUGCAAACCUCAUUCCUUUCAAUAGCUGGAGAAAAGGAGGCCCAGGUGCAAACCUCAUUCCUUUCAAUACCUGGAGACAAGGAGGCCCAGGUGCAAACCUCAUUCAUGUCAUUACCAGAAAGGAAGUCGGUGGUAUCUUUGGAAAAGUCUGCCCAGGCAUCCUCCUCCUAUCUAGAAUUAUUAGAGAAGUUUGCUUCUUUGCCAGCGUUAGCUGAGGCUCAGGUGCAAACCUCACAGUUUGAUAUAGCAGCUCUUUCAGAAAUGGACAUCCAAGUGCAGACUUCAUUUUCAGACUAUAUGUCAGAAAGGGAGGAUACAUCGUCCAUUGAACCUGAGGCCCAGAGUAAGAUGUCACCUCAGUCAUCAUUGAUGGAACAAAGCAUGUUACACCCCGUAUAUGUUGAUACUGGGAUACAAACCUUACCUGUGGAAAUACCACCUGGGAAUGACUGGCGUUCUGCACGUUUAAAUGCUGAGGCCCAGAUACAAACCUCAUUUACUUCAGUGAUAGAGGAACUUGAAGCUACCAUCCAGAUACAACCUUCAAUGUUCGAGUUAGAAAAAACAGAGGAGAUGGCAGGAGAGCUGGAAGCUCCUCUUGCCACAGAAGAGAUGCCUGUCUCCUCUGAACUGACUGAAAGUGGCAUACAAACAUCUGACACAUUGCUUCAGCAAUGGGAUAAGUGGCGUUCAUUACGACCACACGUUGAUGCACAGAUCCAAACAUCAGCCAUUGAACUGCUGAAGAAGCUUUCUUUGCUGUCACAGAUUGAGACCAUGGAACCGGCUUCCCGUACUGAAUUACUAAAGAAAGCUUCCUCCUUGUCAGUGACUGACCCACACAUGCAAAUGUCAAGUCAUGAGUUACUGAGGAAGGCUUCCUCUUGGUCAAAUGCUGGGGUGGAAAACCAGAUCUUCAAUGAUGAGCUACUGAAGAAGCGGCCAUCUUCAGCACAAGUGCUUACAACCUCGGAUUAUGAAUCGCCAACCAGGGAGGCCCAGAUACAAACAUCUGAUGUAGAACUAAUGAAGAAACUUUCUUCUGCAUCCCAUACUGAACCCAAAGGGAGGACAUCAGACAUUGUCUUCCAAAAGUCCUCCUCUGCAUCCUUUGCCAAACCCCAGGAAAAGACAUCAGAUACUGAUUUCCGAAAAUCUUCUUCUGCGUCAUAUGCAGAACCCCAGGGGAAGACAUUAGACACUGAUUUUCAAGAGUACUCUUCCAUGUCAUAUGCGGAACCCCAGAAGACAAUAUCAGAAAGUGAUUUCCGACAGUACUCUUCUUUGUCAUUGAUUGAGGCCGGGGAUGAUAAUCAGGAAGCAAUAACAGAAGGAAAAGAGUACCUUAUUACCCCACAAACAAUGGAAGCUCAGAUCCGCAAGUGGUAUCAUGAACUUCCGGAGGUCCAGACGUCAGCCUCUUUGGCCCGAGUCCAAAGGGAACCUCUUUCAUCUCCAACAGUUGACAGUGCGGUACAGACGUCAUAUGUUGAAAUACCACUGGAAAAUAAGUGGCGGGAAUCACGGCUGCAAGCUGAAACUCAGGUGUGGACUACAGGGCUUGAAUGGCCAAUUAAAGAAGCAGAAUCUCACCCCCAGCUACAAUAUGACACCCAGACACAAACUUCCUUGCUUGAAAUAUGGAAAGCAAGAGACUUAGCUGAUGUCCGGAUGCAGACUUCCAACUUUGAAGUAGCCGAAACAGUGGAGUCUCCUCCUCCAUUAUUAGAUACCCAGGCACAAACAUCAGUGUUUGACAUUUGGAAAGGAAGAGAACAAACUGAUGUUCAAACGCAAACCUCAGGCGACGAAUUGCCCCAGCAAGGAAUCAAGUCUCCUCCCGCUGAACAAAUUGAGAAGUUGGUGCAGACCCCCUUUCUUGAAAUAUGGAAGGCAAAAGAACUAGAUGACAUGCAACAGAAGACAUCUGAGACUGAGUUACUGGAGCCCAAAGUGGAGUCUUCUGUCCCAUUGCAAACUGAAUUGGAAGUGCAAACAUCCUUGAUGGACAUAUGGAGGGAAAAAGAAAAAACUGAUACUGAAGCACAAAGCUCCUUAUCUGAUUUACUAGAGGCACAAGAAGAGCCUCCUCUGGUGUCACAAACUGAUGCUCAGGUGCAAACCUCACAUGUUGAAGUACCUGUGGGGGAUUCAUGGCGUGCAUCACGUUUGCAUUCUGAUGUUCAGCAGCAGACUUCAUUUGAACUAGAGGAGGAAAAAUUAGAGUCUCCUCCUCCAUCACGAAUGGACAUCCAGGCACAAACCUCUCUCCUUGAUAUAUGGAAGGCAAAAGAAUUAAAUAAUGCCCAGAUGCAAACUUCUUGGAUGGAUUUCCCAACAGACAUGGAAGAAUCUCUUCUCCCACCACAAUCUGAAAGCCCUGGUCAGCCACCUAUGCCUGAGAAAGAAGAGUCUCCUCCCCCAGCCCUAAUUGACAUCCAGGUGCAAACCUCCCUUCUUGACAUAUGGAAGGCAAAAGAACUAAAUAAUGCCCAGAUGCAAACAUCUUGGAUAGAUUUGUCAAAACCCGUGGAAGUACCUCUUCUUCCACCACAGUCUGAAAGCCCAGGUCAGCCACCUAUGACUGAGAAGGAAGAGUUGCCUCCCCCAGUCCAAAUGGAUAACCAGGUGCAAACCUCCCUACAUGACAUAUGGAAGGCAAAAGAACUAGUUGAUGCUGAGGUGCAAAGUUCCCUGAUGGAUUUGCUACAACCAAUGGAGGAGUCGCCUCUCCCACCACAAACUGAAGGCCCAGUCCAACUACCCAUACCUGACUUAGCAGAUGCAACUCCUGAAUUUCCUCCUCCAGCCCAAACUGACUCUAGGGAGCAAAGAUCCUUCCCUGAAGUGUCAAAGGCAGCAGAUCCAGUGAACACUGCAGUAAAAACUUCUAAGACUGAACUUCCAGAGUCUACUCCCCCCCCACCAACCGACACUAAAGCCCAAAUGUCCCAGCUUGAUAUGGAGACGCCAGAAGAAUUACCCAAGGCCCAGGAACAGUGUUCCAGUACCAGUUUAGCAAGUGCCAUGGCAGUGUCUCCCGCUCCAUCACGCACGGCUGUGUCUCCCGCUCCAUCGCGCACGGCUGUGUCUCCCGCUCCAUCGCGCACGGCUGUGUCUCCCGCUCCAUCGCGCACGGCUGUGUCUCCCGCUCCAUCGCGCACGGCUGUGUCUCCCGCUCCAUCGCGCACGGCUAUGUCGCGCACGACAUCGCCUGUCCCAUCGCAAAUUGCCAGUCCAGUUCGACCACCCACACCAGUAUCACUAUCUGCAAAUGAGGAUUUUGCCCUCCUAGAGCAGAAAAGAGUUUCGAUGCAAAAAACAUUGCUUGAGUUAUGGAACACAAGAGAGGAAGUUGAGAUUAAAAUGCAAACUGCCAGCCUUGGUCUUCGUUUUGAAGAAGAUUUGCCUUUAUUCCCAAAGUUAGUAGACAAACAGGUAAACAUGGCAGAUGUUGCGAUACCUGAAGGGAAAAAGUUGGACCAAGUUUCCAAAGUGCCAAUAAAGUCAAAAAAUCCUGUAUUUGCUGAAGCCCAGGUUCAGACCUCAUAUGUUGACAUACCCCGGGGAAAGAAAUGGCGUUCCUCUCGCAUAUGUACAGAGGCCCAAGUGCAGACUUCUUUUCAUGACCUCCAUGUGAAAGACAGGAUUCCAACCCUGCAUGAUCGUGUGGCAGCAAAAAGAGUACCCAAAGGACCAAGGCGAGCGGCACCAAUGUCUGUGCACUUACAUGUAAAGAUGUCUCCAAAGCAUCAAACUAGCAAUGAAAAAAAAUAGUGAAUACUUGAAUUUAAAGAAAUAAAAGAUUGCAAAAUACCAGAAGCAUAACCAGCGACUUUUUCUGCAGGUAGUGGCUAAACAUGGGAAAAUGUGGAGGUGUGUGAAGGGUCAUGGAUAUGGGCCAAUGAAACCGAGCUUUCAGUAGGAAACUGGACAGAAAAAACUUACACACCCACACCCAUAUUCAAGUCAUGGGAAGGCUGUGGGAUGACAUACAGUCCUUGGGUGUGUGUGUUGAUGUACAACCCUUGAAUGUGUGUGUUGUCUGUAAAAAAAAAAAAUAACCUGCACUUAUUCACAUCAACAUCCCUGGAAUCCCACUUCAAAUACUGUGGACAUGGAUUCAAGAGCAUGGGAAAAGGGUCCUCAAUGACUGCAGGGAACUAUGGUUCUCAUGGAAGGAACUAUCACUAUAGUAAAAUGGAAGUAUCAAGGAGUUGUAAACUAAUAUGGCAGAGCCAAUGUAUAUAGGCAAUGUGCAUGUGAGAAAACGGAUGUAGGAAAAGGGAGAUUUGUUUGACUAAAGGAAGGGUUUUUUUGCCUCUGUGAAUUGCGUGUAAUGCCACAACAGGAACACAUUUUACAAUAUCACAUAGGAAACACGGGGUGUGCUCUACUGAACUCAGUGUAUUAUUUGAUAUGAGAUGUAUUGGGAUGAACUGGGUCACAACAUCAAUCGCAUUUUGUCAUGAUUGUAACCACUUUGCUCAAAACAAUAUGUGAUUAUCCAACACCAUCAGUGACCUGAUAAAUCCCAUGGGAGAACUGGACUAGCAAAUUAGAUAACCUAGGGCUGCAAUCCUUAGACUGCAAAAUGUAAGCCCCAUUGAAUUCAGAGUAGACAUGGUUAGGAUUGCAGCCGAAGUAUCACAGUGGGGAGAUGCUGGGCCAGCUACAGUCUAAUAUAUAUGAAUGUUGUG